AUGGAUCCAAUUUUGAGUUUUGGCCCCGUGAUACAGUCCUGCAAUGACGCUCUGGACUACCCGAAGAAUCUCAUUCGUUCUGACACGUACGAAUUCAUUCUAGAUGAAUUCUAUGAUCGUCUGAAUUCACAAGCACCACGUCUGUUUCACCCAGAAAAAAAGGCAUCCGUAGAUUUCCUCGAAUUUGCUGAGGCAGGUAAUGAAACGGUGACCGACGCAUUUGAAAUGCGCGAACAAUUGGGCCUCACGCGCGAGCGUCCCGUUCAGGACCCGAGGUGUCGGUUCAUGUUCAUCCGGGCUACACAUUCACGAGAGAGAUUGAAGAUCACGCGAUUGAUGCUUACCCUUGCGCUCUCUUAUCAUCAAAUUAACCCAGUGUUUCUAAACUUCGUUCAUUCGUUCGGACGGCGGGAAUAUGCUCAAGACUUCUUUUUUACUGCUUUCCACGUUCAUCAUGCGAAUGGAUCAAAGACAAUUGACCUUGCACCAAGUCUCGGCAGAUCUGGCCAGUGUCUUCAGAUGUGCUUCGGUCUCAAAUCAGUCGAAAAAUCUAAAUACCAGGAGGACUGGCCUUGGGCACAUCGACAAUGUGCUUUGCAUCAUUCUUUUGACAUUGUAAACGGCCGGAUGCUAUGGAUUCUGAUAGAAGCCGAUCCAAUUCUCAAAAGGAGGAUAUCGUCCGCAACAGGUCUGCGAGGUCUUCCGGAGAUAAAGAGUGUCCACACUGUAGAGAGCAGUCUCCGGUCAAGCUUAGCAACUCUUCUGAUAAUCUGUGAAUGGGCUUCAGCAAACUGGCGAUGGUACAUCAACUUCCUGGAGGACAAGUGCCAAAGAAACACACGUCAGACACUGUCCAAGCAUGUGGAUACUCCGUCGAGCCCUACUCUAGACGAAGAGUCGUUCCAAAUGUUCUCGAGAAGAAACACCCAAACAACUGAUCGAACCACUGUUCCUCUAGAGCCUGGCAAACGGUCGUACCCGGCUUCACCUUCUUCGGUAAAGCUAGGUCAAGAUCCUUAUGAUUCCUGUGAUCGACCUCUGCCAAAUAAUUGGAAGCUAGAGGAAGGCUCGCGGAAUGUCUUUUGGCCUCCUGACAAGGCUCUGCCAGAUAAAAAUGAUCAUGUCCAGCCACGAGAAGCGGAAAAGUUUAUCACUUUUGAUGAUCUGCAAGAAAUUCAGCAUAUCGAAGAAAGUAUUAACGAUGUGUCACUAAUACUUAAGCUCAACAUUGGCAUUGUUGAAGCGAUUUCGAAUUUCUACGAACCUUCUAACGAGGACCAGAAUUUUCCUGAAGAACUUGUUGAUUCUUGCCACACAGCAAUGAAGCGAUUUUGCCAGAAACUCCAUAUAACAAAGACUGAUUUGCAGACUCAAGCCUUGAGAACGGAAACAUUGAUGCGGCUCUUGGCUUCAAGAAAAAGCUUAACUCAUGGUAUCUUCGACGUCCAAAAUAUGGAAGCAAAUCAAAAGUUGGCUUUUCAAGGCCAACUCAUGACGUGGCAGGCAAAGCGAUCGGCGCAAAACAUGGAGAAAAUGACCAAUGACAUGAGUGCUAUGACCCUUGAUAUGAACGAAAUUGCCAAAAAGACAAAAUUAGAAACGAUCUCUAUGAGAAUCAUUACUUUGAUCACCCUAUUCUUCUUGCCCGGGACAUUUAUAUCUCUCACCGAAGCCGUGGGGCAGACUCAACGGCUGUACUCGAGCGAGCCUGCGCCCCUCUUCACGCAGCUACUCUCCGUGUCCAUUUUACAUGUAAACUCUCAACGAUGGCCUGCCACUGGUUUGCAUUCACAACCAUGCAGCUCACUCACAAAAGCUAUGGAGGGCGACCAACACGAUGACGACGAGGCUAUCCAAGAUUUCCUCGAUUGGGUACAAGAUCCAGAGAAUCGUUAUUCUGGCCAUCGAGAUAUCCUAGAUGACGUCAACUGCUCCUACAUAUCUUUCAAGAGGCUGAAAGAAUACCUCAGCCAGCGCCAUCGUACACGCGAUCUUCUCAGAGGCGUUUACUACGACAGAGACGAGGGGGAUCUACCGCGUGUUGACGCAAGCACGUGCAAACAUCUGCGAAUCUUUAGCAUCCUGCUCUGCACUAGAGGAGCUCGACACAUCGACCACUUCCUGCGCCAUGAAGGUCUUUGCGAUCAAAACCUGCCUUUUCUUAUAAAGCCUCCCUACUGGCCGAAAUCGACGGAUGACACACUGUUCAAGGCUUUCCAAGAACAACAAUGGCUUUUUUGUCCCCAAUACCUAGAACAGCUCGGUGAUGGCAGAGAAUUCAAUGACAAGCGUGUGUUGCCAUUCAAAAAGCAUGGAAAGAUGUGGGAGGGCGGCAGUGCUAUUGUACAAAAAAUCGAGGUAGAGGACGAAUAUAAUAAGCUUGGUGGACAGCGUAGUAGUGCCACAGAACACGAGAGAUCCAACAUAUUUGUGAUCAAGACAUACAGAACCAAAGCUGCAAAGAGCUAUUACAAGAACGAGUGCCAAGCUUUCAAGAGGUUAAGGAUAGGAAAUAGGCCUCCGAGGAAUAUCGUGCAUUUCUAUGGUCACUGGGAGCAUUUAGGCACCUACAAUGUGAUUCUUGAAUAUGCAGAUAAGGGGACGCUUGAAGAUCUUAUUACAACGACUCCACCAUCCACCGCUGAGGACAUUCUGGUCUUUUGGGAUAGCUUACUUGAUGUUGCGUACGGACUUGAUGCCAUACAUAAUACGCAGUCUGCGACUGCUGACCUUCCUUAUAUCAUGCUUGGCUGGCAUCAGGAUCUCAAGCCGUCGAACAUUCUACUCUUCAGCUCCGGUCAUGGAUCGAGGUAUCGAUUUGUGUUUAAAAUAGCAGAUCUGGGAGUGAGCCAUUUCCGCAAGCACUCUCCAGAGAUAUAUGGCCGGACAGAUCCAGCAAGAUCCGGGACCCACACUUAUGUGCGGCCCAGCGCAGUGGAACAAACCAUUGAUCUUUGGUCGCUUGGCUGUAUCUAUAGUGUUGUGGCGACUUGGGUUGCUAAUGGUUCAGAUAUGGUAGCCGAGUAUCGUCAGAAACGUCAGGAAGAGAUCAGUAUUCAAUAUGGAAUUCCAGACAGCGAUUGCUUCUACCGGGAGAGAGAGGUCCUCAAAGUAGUCGGCAAACGCCAUAAAGACGCGAUAGCUGACCUGCGCCCAAGAGAUUUUGUGACAAAGUCAGUCCUAAACAUGUUGGUAGAUAAUAUGCUCCAAGAGCCACAAGGGCGACUCAACUCAAAACAAGUACUCUUUCGAUCAACCAAAAUAAUCGCCAAAGCAAAAAUAGCGAUGGAGAAGCUGAAGAAGACUAGUCGGACAGACUCGUAUAGAGGCGAACACGAAGAACGAUUAUCAAGUCCUAAUUGGUCGGCUUCGCCUUCGCCAUCAGGAUCCAUACACGAAGACCAGAAGCUUACGGAAGCACACUCUCGACAUCCCUCACAGGGUAUAGGAGCCGUUGAACGUAUGAUUGGAGCCAAUGAAGGGAGCUCAUCGCAGCGUAAAAUAAGUUCCCGGGACGUGCAUUUUGAGCAACCAAACCAUGUACAUCAGCCAGACGACAAGGUCAGGACCCUAACAAGACCUCACAGAGAUAAUGUACCAACACUUGACAUUUCAUCAGCUUCCGGACUGCUGAGCAGGCCUCAAGAUGAGAUUACUUCUCGGGAUCGAGGCAGGAUCGAUGGAAUGUUGGACACAAGCAGUCAGAGAGCGACGCCAUACGGACCUUUUAUGAGCAACGGCCAGAUACCCCUUGGUGGAGCAGGCGGGCAUGCACGUUCUAGUAUCCAAUCAGUAUUGAGUCGGGCAACGCCUGAGUUGGACCACAAAAUCUCUAAAUUCCAUAGCCAUGACCCCUUCGCUCAAUUGACGCUAGAGCAAGGCCUUGACUGGAAGCUAAGACGUGAGAAUUCUCAGAACACAGAUUCUUUGAACGAGGUCCUCUUGGGAAUCCUGAGAGGAAGAGACCAUUCAAUGGCGCAAUAUAGGGAUAAGGUCAGAAGGGUACUGGAGUUGCUGUCCUACAUCGCUGCUUGGUUCGAUCCAAAUCGCAUCGAAGUCUACUAUUCAACAUCGCUGGAGAAGUCAAGGCCGAGAACAAAUGCGGAGGUUCUGGCUGUAUUCGACCAGAAGGCAUUUAGCGGAGUGCCAGAUUUCAAGAGUCGCUUUAGUGACAUUAUCUUAGAUUAUCAGAGGAAGCUACCGGAAAAGCAUCGCUUCAAAGCUUUUUGGGAUCCGUCUCGUCCAAAGCAGGGCCCUCGGAAACUCAGCUUCAUCAUAUUAACGGAUGGUGUGUGGCGACCAAAGUGCGACCUCACCGCAAGCAUUCGAGCCCUAAUUUCUAAGCUCGAAAAACACGAAUUUACGAACUCGCAGAUAGGAAUACAGUUUGUACGCUUUGGGGACGAUGAAAGAGAGCAAGGUCGGCUCCAAAUGCUCGAUUCAGGGCUCGGUUCAAACUUGUAA